AAGGAGCAACAUCUACAUUUACAUUUACAGAGAUGAAUAGUAGAUUGUUCAGUGUGGACACAUUCAUUCUGUUUCUGCGUUCUGUAAGAACGUGGUUCAUGGCACUGAGACCUCUCACACUCGGCUGUGGACACUGGGAGUGGAGACAACGAACUUUGGCAUGAAAGGGUUAACCAAGAGGGACUGUCUGUUACGCACUGUCGACUGCUCACUGCAGCUCGGCUAAAAGGAUUGGUGAAAUCAGAUGCAGCUUCCACUUGCAGGAGAAGUUACAUACCAGAAAAACUGGAGAUUGCAUGGGUUUCUGGACCAAAGUCUGGUGGAUUGAAAGAGUAAACAAGAAAAAGCACAGGGGCUGAAAAAAAGACAAACUAGGAAGUGACAAAGAAUCAAAGUGAACUUUGUCCUACAAAAGUGUUGCAGUCAGAGAGAGUCAGUCAGAGAGAACAAAGCUGGUAACAGACCAGAAACAGCAGACAGAAACACCUCAAUGGCUUACCGGCUUUUUGAAGGAAAGGGACAUGCCUCAAUUUAUCAAAAGUACCGUUUCACCCCUCCAACUGAGCUCAAGAACAUUAUCAUUGAAUACUUGGACAAAAAGAAAGGACAGCCACAUGUGCUGGCGGUGGAUCUGGGGUGUGGAACGGGUCAGAACACUCGACUUCUUGCACCAUGUUUUCAAAAAGUGGUCGGCAUUGACAUCAGUGACUGUCAACUGGAGGAGGCCCGGGCUGUGCCAGGGUACCCCAACAUCACAUACAGUAAAGGACCAGCAGAGGAGCUCCCAUUUCCCGAUGGUUCUGUAGACUUGUUGACAGCAGCUUCAGCAGCCCACUGGUUUGAUCGAGAAAAGUUCUUUGUUGAAGCAAAUCGGGUUCUGAAGCCCAGGGGCUGCAUAGCUCUGCUGGGCUUCAGCGAUCCUAACACCAAACUCAAGUACAAGGACUGUGGAGACAAACUGGACCACAUCUAUCAGGGGGUGAAGCGUGUGCUGGCGCCAUACACAAGCAACCCAGCUAUCGAGGCUGAGGGUAAACUGGAAGGAGUUUUCUCUGCCAUUCCUUUUCCAGAUAAAGAGAGGAUUGAGAGUUUUCGGGUAAAAAAUCUCAUCUCUGUCAGACACCUAUUGGGCUUCAUCGAAACCUGGUCUAUGUUCCAGGGUUACAAGAAGAAAGACCCCAAGAGCGCAGAAGAUCUGCUGGUUAACACUCAGAAAAGAUUCCUGGAUGAGAUGGGCGUGACUUCUCUUGACACUGAAAUUGAGCAGCAUUUUGAAUAUUUUUGUCUACUGGCAUCAAAAUAACUGUAAUCAACACUACGGCGUUGGAUAUUAUCGAUAGGAUUGCGAUUUGGCCACUGAGAGGGCUAUUUUAAGACCUGGAUUUCGGUGUCCUUCAAAACCUUUUGGGCACAUGGACAAUCAAAAUCAGCAUCUAUGUGCAUUAUCGGACCAAAUGAGUUCUAAAAGUCUCCAUGUUUCAGAUGUUCAGAUGGCCAAAUAUCAGUCUGGCUGUGUGAGCAGUAGAGUUAGUUUUUUUUGGAUGAUGACUUUGAAGGUCUCCACGAUGAAGAGCCCUCUGUGAAACAUCAAGUCCAGAAGAAACCAGUUCAGCAACAAUCAUCUUUGCAGCUGUUUGGGGAUUCUUAUUGGCAUCGUUCACUAUUGAUCUUCAAAAACCUAAAAUCCUACACAUUUCAUCAUAUUUGUGUUUGUCUUUAAUAGAAUCUGUCGCUUUUAUUGUUACGCUUGUGCGAAUGCAUCUGCUCAUGAAUAGCCUAUCAGCAUAUGGUCCAAUACACGUUCACUGCAUCUGUAGCUAGUCAUAGGAUGAUUUUCAGGUGAUGCUAUUUAAAUUAGCUUAAUUGAUUGAUAAUGGACAGGUAUGCAGACAUCCAUAAAGUCGGUUCUUUUUGGUUGUUCAGUGGUCUGGUGAGUGUUAACUCAAUGUAAAGGAAGAAAACCAUCAGAAAAUGAUAUUAAUUAAACAAUUGGGGUCAGGUUAGGAGGCCAUUUUCAAUUUGGAGGUAAUCAUGAAAACAUCUAACCAUGCAAACUUAUGAAAAAGUGGCGAUUCGUGAGUUGCCUAUCAUUCACCAGUUAACUUGUUAUAUCUUUACGUUCAUGUUUUUACGAAUACAAAAAGAUUUGUUUUGAAAUGCUGCCAGGAGACAGCUGCUUCUCUUUAAACAAGAGUGAAGAAAUAAGAACGAACCACACUGUCUAGAGCAAUGUCCUUUGGACAGAGAAGACCAAAGUGGAGAUGUUUGGGCAUUUGACACCACGCCAGCGCCACGUUGAGUGAAAACACAAAACAGCUCUUAAACUAGUUGUCAAGCAGGAUGAUGAUUCGGACAUGUUUUGCCAUCACAGGACCUUCAACCAGGAACUCUUCUGUAUUUUAGGGUCGAAUGUGAAGCCAUCUGUUUGCCAGCUGAAGCUUGGCUGAAACUGCUACUGAAUAAUGAUCCCAGGCAGGCCAGCAAAUCCCAGCUGAAUGGCUGAAAACAAAAAGGAUCAAAGGCAUUGUAGUGGCCCAGUUGACAUGCAGAUCUCAACCCAGAGGACAUUUUGUGGUGACGCCUUCGAGUGAGCUUUACAGACUGAACGUGAAAUAAGAUCAAAUUAGGUGAAAGACCUAUUUCAGCUUUGUUUCUGUUAAAUCAAUAUUGACAAGAUGUAAUAUUUCCAUAUGUUGCUAUUAAUCAGAGAUCUAUAUCACCUGGGUUUUAAAACCAUCUAUGAAUAGAUUAUUUUUGUCUCUGGAUAUGUAAAACCGUAUAAUCAAAAGAGGGUGUAUGUUUUUUUUUCCCACAUGCCGUACAUUCUUGUUUCCCUGCCAGAUUGACCUAGUUCCUCUGAGCUCUAGCGUUUUUGAUCUUGUGCCCAUUUGCUCUGCUUUUUUUUCUAGAUAUUUUUGUUUUUUUGUGUAGGAGUGUUUGGAUUAUGUUUUUUCCUUUUCUCUCUACUUGUAUGUCACACUGACAUAUACCUGGUAUGACUCCCAACUGUGAUUAAAUAAAUCUUCCCUGUUAGACUUUCA